UGGAGCAGAUAGAACCACCUGGAGUCACACCUGCGCAGAAUCACAUUUCAAUGCGUUUCCAGCUCUGCCAGAUAAAAAGAAACGACUUUGAUUGAAGAGAUCUGGAAGCGAAAUGGAUAACUUGAAGAUCCAGCUGGUUGUGGUGAUCUUCUGUGCUUUGGUGCAAACCUCUCAGGCUCUGUCUUCUGGUGUGGACGAGGAGGUUGAGUUGUCUCCAGACUGGCAGUCGAUGGAGGCGGUUCUGACCCGUCCGGUGGCCAAUUUGAUGAAAAGAUCUAAAGCUCUUCGCUUCUACGGACUGAUGGGGAAACGCUCAGGUCCCAAGACACCUUUCAAAGUAAACAGACGGAACAAAGGCGAGGCGUUUGUGGGUCUGAUGGGCAGAAGCCUUUCCAGCGGCGAAUCUCUGACCAGAGAAAUUCCAUCUGUGACCGACGUCUGGGAGGAACAACACAGGCAGGGUUCAUCAGAGGAACGGGUCCCGAUGUACUGACGCAGCUACGAGAACCGAGUACACAUCAUUAAGAUCUAUACAACUUUACACCAACCAAAGAAAACGUCACCACACAUCAUACUGUUGAAAAUACGCCCGCUUACGGUUCCACUUCAUGCUAACAAUAAUUGUAUUUAGCCCAAACAAAAGCCACCAUCUUAAAAAUGCACAUUUCUUGAAUGAAAUAAAAAAAACAUGUAAAUUUA